GAGUUCUUGCCGCCGCCCGAGUGCCCCGUGUUCGAGCCCAGCUGGGAGGAGUUCACCGACCCCUUCGCCUUCAUCCACAAGAUCCGACCUAUCGCCGAGCAAACCGGCAUCUGCAAGGUGCGGCCGCCGCCGGCCUGAUCUUGAGAGGUGCUGAGUACCCUCCGUUCGAUACACUGAUGGACUGGCAGCCACCAUUUGCAUGUGAUGUCGAUAAACUUCAUUUUACUCCACGGAUCCAGAGGCUGAAUGAAUUGGAGGCUCAGACCCGUGUGAAGCUGAAUUUUCUGGACCAGAUUGCAAAGUUUUGGGAGCUCCAAGGAUGUACACUGAAAAUUCCACAUGUAGAGAGGAAGAUCUUGGAUUUAUUUCAACUUAAUAGGCUAGUUGCAGAAGAAGGUGGAUUUGACUUAGUCUGUAAGGAGAGAAAAUGGACGAAAAUAGCCAUCAGAAUGGGUUUUGCUCCAGGCAAGGCAGUGGGUUCACACAUCCGUGCCCAUUAUGAACGUAUUCUUUAUCCUUACAACUUAUUCCAAUCUGGAGCUAGUCUACUGGCACCUGACAUUUGUUCCAAACUGAUGUGUUUAGUGGAUCAUGCAGUUCUGGAAAAGAACUUCAGUGACUGCCAGUGUAAUAGUGAACAGUGGUGCUUUGAUGAAGAUGAGACAGGAUGCAAUGAGGUGGAUGAGUGAAUGAUGUGGACAGUGCAUAGAAACUUCAGGAUGCUUCAGACAUUUAUUGAUCAGCACCACACAGUGGAUCAGUAUUUCUGGGACCAAGAAACAAGCACUGAGCGGUGGAACACAUCACAUUGUGAUACAGAUCUGUGGCAAUCAGCAGUGGCUGCACUUUGAGAUGUGGGAGGCUAUGUCCCAGCCAUCCAGUGCAGAGACACCAGAAUGAGAGCUGCUUUGACAGUGGAAAAGCAUCUAGCAAUCAUGCUCUGGAAGCUUGUAGCCUCAUACUACUUUUGGGCUGUGGGCAAUCAGUUCAGAAUUUUAAAAUCUACUGUGGGGGCAGUUGUCAUCCUGGUGUGCAAGGCCAUGAAGCCUUUUGUGCUGCACAGUAUUGUGACUCUGGGGAACAUGCAAGAAAUAGGAGGAUUUGAAACAAUGUCCAUUUCCCUCCCUUCCGCACCCCCCUCCCACCCCAAAAGUGUGUGCAGGGUGAUAGAGGAGAUGCAAAUUCCAGUUCUGGGCCAUCCCACCUUGCCGCUGAGUACAUGAGCAGAAAGGGUACUUUUCCAGGGCUGUGCAAAUACUGAUGGAUCACUGGGGACAUUUCACUGACAUUAUUGUUGGAUGGACAGUGUGUGUAUGUGACACUUGCAUUUUGAGGUAUACUGGACUUUUCCAAAAGAUGCAAGCAUCAGGGCCGGCUCCAGGCACCAGCGAAGAAAGCAGGUGGUUGGGGCAGCCAAUGGAAAGGGGCGGCACGUCCGGGUCUUC